UUUAUGGUACAACUUAAAAUUGUACAUUUACGUCAUGGUACAACUUCAGAUUGUACCUAUACUUUUUGUACAAAUUCUUUCAUGGUACAAUUUGAACUUGUACCUUUAUGUGAUGGUACAACUUCAAGUUGUAAAGUUGUACCAUAACAUAAUGGUACAAGUUGCUUUACGGUACAACCUAAAUUUAUAUAUUUAAUGUUAUGGUACAACUUUUUAGUUGUACAUUAAGGCACCAAUACUAUAUAGCAUAGUAGAAGUGCUCACCUAGUCUCCCUUCCUUUGUAUCUGCUCCUUGUCGUCAUUAUUGGAUCGGAAUUUGUCGUCUUGGGCGGGAGGGUCGGUUCUCCAAUAAAAAAGGUUAAAUUCUAGUGCUGACCUGGCAAAUACCAAUAAUAAAAAAAGGAAAAGAAAACAAAGUCGGCUUGCUUUGGCAACCAAUACCGAGGAUCCACGUCCCCAUUUAUAUUUUCGAAAAUGCCUAAACUACCCUUAUUACGACCUGGCCAAAUAACCAAACAAAACAAAGAAAAGGAAAAACAUUAAAGCGUGUCUCUCUCUUUUCUUUUCUCGUCUCCGCCGGGCGUCCCGCCUCCUUGUCUCCUCCGUCACUUCUCCGUUCCCGUCGAGCACUGAUCGACAGAGUAUACUAUACCGGGCUGCCUGGCUUUGCCUUUUCGUUCAUAUAAUAAUUAGGAAGCAGUAACACCGAAAAGGAUAGAAAAUUGCGCCCUCAGCCAAACCCUCAAAUUUCAGACACUCUCUGUUCUCUCUCUCUCUCUCUCUCCUUCGCCAUAAUAAUUUUGUUCUUUACACUGCAAUAGUUCAAUAGUUGCCGUCCCGAUACCCAAAAAAGGCAGAAAUAUCCCCCCUUUUUCAAAUUUGAUCCCGGACCCAGAGUUUCCUUUUGUCCAGAAAAAAGGUUGCCUUUUUCUUCUUCGGCGGGGAAGGGAUCAAGUAAAGUUACCGGAAUUUUCCCUGCGGAUUCUCCCCGGUUUUUUUUUUUUUUUUGCUCGGUGGGUUUUGCUGUCCGUGUCGAAAGAUCAAAAGGGGUUUCGUCGGCGAGGUUUCUGGACUAGGAGGCGGAGGAUUUGGGAGUCGCUCUUUCACAGGUUGUUUGUUCUGGAGGUGUUGGAGGUACACGGCCGCGAUUGUUUGACCCCUUUUUCGCGCUGCAGGGGGCUUGAUUAGGGUUGUCUUGCCUGACCAGGUGAUUUGAUUCUCUUCUUCUUCUCGGUUUUGUUUCAGUUUCAAGUUUUCUUGUUACCUCUUUCGUGCUCUUGUAUUGUUUUGUUUGUCCUGUGGUAUUGAUUGACAUUUGACCAAGUAAAAAAAUAUUUAAGAGCUUAUUAUUUUGGCGUUGUCGAUUGCUGGUUUAUUUGGUGUGAUGGAGUUGGAUUUUCUCCUGUGUUUCGGUCGGUGUCGGUGAUUUUGGUUCUGAAGUUCUUGAUAGUGACGAGAUUGUUUACAUGGGAAGAAGCAGAGCAACAAAUUGCCUAAAGGAGAGUAGGAAAUGAAGUGUUUGAGUAUGGGAGACUUUGGUGCUCAAGUUUUUUGGUGUUGUUUUGGUUCUGGUGUUGCGAAUUUGUAUUGAGUUUAAGCCGAGUUGGUUGGAAAUGUUGGAAGGUUUGAAAGGGUGAGCACAAAGAGAUUGGAUGACUGAAGAAUAAUGGCCUACUGGCUACUGCUCAUGGUCUCUUGUUCCGGCUAAGUUCUAAUGUGGCGGAGUAGUGAUCUAGUGUAGGAUGCUUGUUAAACCAGUUUGGUAUCAUUUAUUCGUAGUCGAAUAUGCUGAGACAUUUUCGAUGAGAGCUUUGGUCCUUCAACGUUGCACUGGUAAUGACUUCGUCUUGGUGAAAAAUGGGACGGAAUUGAGAUGUUAAGUUGCUUGAUGGGAAGAGCGCAGCUCUUCUAGUGAGGUGACCUCCAAUUGAGAGAGUUGUAGUUGGAGAUUUCUGUCGGGCCUUUCAAUGUGUUAUGUAAUUGGUUGCUUUUGGUGUGUCCCUCUAAAACGACCAGAAGCUUUUCAAGUAUGCAGCAAUUAGGAAAAAGUAUAUGGAGCCUGUAAGGUGCAAUUACUGGCAUUGAUGAGUGUUGAAACUUUGGCAUUCAAUUGCUCUACUUGGGUAUAGACUGAACAUUUGACGGUCUCCUUCUCAUUGCUUUAUAUACUCUCAGAUAUUAAGCAGCAACCCCUUCCUGUUUGUCACUAGUUGGGCUGUGUUAAGAUUAACUAUUAAGUGUACCUCGUUGGUUUGGCCUGUGAAUUGAAGUUUAUAUUAUGUUCACAUGUUGAGAAUGGUUGAAGAUUUUAUUUUAUCCCUUUCUUUGUUUACUUCUCCAUCUUCAGAGGCAUGCCUUUUGUUGUUGGAUGCCUAAAUCUAUUCCAUUAUAUGUUCCUUCACUCUGUAUGACGCUGUCCUACUUGUUUCGGCCAGGUUGUUUUUGUUCAAAACAAUAGAUAUUAAAAAAGCGGGAAAAGGAGCAAUAGCUAUGGUGGCGAAGGAGCAGCAUGGGGGUACCACCGAUUCUCCUAAAACGGUAGUGGGCGAAAUUGACACUAGGGCGCCCUUUCAGUCUGUCAAAGACGCUGUCACCCUAUUUGGGGAGGGUGCUUUCUCAGGGGAAAAGCCAGCCAUAAAAAAACCAAAGCCUCAUUCUGCAGAGCGAGUUUAUGCAAAGGAUACACAGCUUCAUGUAGCCCAGAAGGAGUUGAACAAGUUAAAGGAUCAGCUAGACAACGCUGAAACAACCAAGGCUCAAGCAUUAACCAAGCUUGAAAAGGCUAAAAGAACAGUUGAUGAUCUGACCCAAAAACUCAAAACUAUCAACGAAGCAAAAGAGUUGGCACUGAGAGCCACAGAGACUGCAAAAAAUCAAGUGAAGCAAAUUGAAGAAGCAAAUAGUGGACGUAACCAGCCAACUGAUGCUGCUAGGCUUCAGGAUUUAGAGGCUGCAAGGGAACAGUAUUUAACUGUAUUUUCAGAGCUCGAUGUUGCGAAGCAAGAACUUAGGAAACUUCGCCAGCAGUGCGAUGCAUCUUUGGAGGCAAAGCUUGCCGCUAUUACACAAACUGCUGAAGCCGAACAUUCAACCAAAGUAAACAUUGAAAAAGUUGGUGAGCUCUCUAAGGAGAUCUCAUCAAUGCAAGAAUCAAUUGGGCAAGUGAAGCUUGCUUCUCUUCAGUCCCAUGAAGAACAAACCAAAAUAUUUUCUGACAAGGACCUUCAGAAGCAGUCAUACAAGGCUACCCUAGAAGAAUCAGCGAACAAGCUUAUUGCAUUGAAGAAUGAGUUCGAUCCAGAACUUGCACAGAAUCUCGAAAAGCAACUGACCGAAACAAUUAACGAGAUAAGUGGUCUGAGAGAGCAAAUGGACCGUGAAAAGGCCUCAGAUUUGGAUUCUGUUAAAACCGUCACUUCAGAAUUAGAUGGUGCUAAGGAGUCACUGCAGAAAGUAGUGGAAGAAGAAAGCUCUUUGAAAAGUUUACUUGAAUCGCUAAAGCUGGAGCUGGAGAAUGUGAAGAAGCAGCAUCUGGAACUCAAGGAGAAAGAGGCAGAAACAGAAUCCAUUGCUGGAAACUUGCAUGUUAAGCUACGGAAAUGUAAGUUGGAGCUUGAAGCAGCCAUUGCAGAGGAGUCCAAGGCAAGAGGUGCUUCAGAAGAAAUGAUCACCAAUCUCCACCAGUUAUUGGUGGAAUAUGAAAAUGCACGUUGUGAAGCUGAAGAGAUGAAGAGCAAAGCUGAGGAGUUGAAGAAGGAAGCUGAAGCAACACGGGUUGAACUAGAAGAAGCUGACAAGAAGCUGAAACUUGCCCUGGAAGAAGCUGAAGAAGCCAAAACAGCAGAGGUAAGGGCUCUUGAUCAGAUCAAAGCACUUUCAGAGAGAACCAAUGCUGCACGUGCCUCGACAUCCGAGUCAGGUGCCAACAUCACAAUCUCGAGGGACGAGUUUGAGGCCUUGAAACGAAAGGUGAAGGAGUCGGAUGAAUUGGCUGAAAUGAAAGUGGCAGCAGCUGUCGCUCAAGUGGAAGCUGAAAAGGCUAGCGAGAAUGAAGCACUUAAAAGAAUAGAGGCAAUGCAAAAGGAGAUUGAGGAUAUGAACGCUGCAACCCAGGAGGCAUUGAAGCGGGCCGAGAUGGCUGAAGCAGCUAAAAGGGCAGUGGAGGGAGAGCUGAGAAGGUGGCGGGAAAGGGAUCAGAAGAAGGCGGCUGAAACUGCUUCCCGGAUACUGUCAGAGACUCAGGUGACAUCUGAAGCAGCAGCAUCCCCUUUUCAUAACAGGAUGCCACCAAAGCCCGUCAUGCAGAAGCAGAACACAUUGCCACCACAAAAGGUGAUGGAGGUCCGGAAGUUGGAAAAGGGCAAGACAUCUGUAUCCAAGAAGGUACUGGUGUCCAAUCUCAGUGGGAUCUUCCAUAGGAAAAAGAACCAAGUUGAAGGUGGGUCUCCUUCUUACUUGCCUGGUGAGAAGCCCGUAUGAGGUCUCCUUCUAUGGUAGAGACCUUUGUUGUGACUAUGGAUUGGAUGGAGAGAGAUGUCAAUGAGUGUUUUUUUGUUUGUGUGGGCGGUGUAAAUUCUUAAAGUGCAGUAGGAUUCAGGGGGGUCUUGGCCCUUUGGUGGGGACGAAGAACAGAUGAAAAACAUGGGGUUUUGCUGUAUAUUUCCCUUUUGUAAGAUUCGUGAUUGGAAAAUCCAUGUUUUUAUGGCAUCAGCUUUACUCUCAUGUUUCUAUUAUUUGUUGAGUGCUUCUCUACGGUUUUCACAGGUCCAAAUGAUUGAAACAUUUUCUUUUGUUUUAGCAGUUGACUUUUUGUUUUUGUUUUUUUUGUUGUUGUUGCUAAAGGUAUCACAAAGUGGGAGACAGCAAGAUACAAAAUAUAUGUAUAAUUAUAAGACUUUUAUAGAUCAAAUCACAAAAGAUAAAUAAUAAAGGAUUGCAGGAUGGUCUAACGAUCAGAUGGUUUUUUUGUCACGAUAUGGACAAUCCUAAUAUACCUAUUUACGAUUUCUAAUCAUCGAACCAAUAAUUCAAUUCACUUAUAUUUUUAAUUUUAAUUUAUUAUAUUUUAUGUUAAAAUCGUAAUUCAAUUAUAUUAUGCUACUAACAAUCAUCAACCUAAUAAAAGUUUUUUUUUACCAAACCGCGUUAUAGUAGGAUUUUAGAAGAGAAAAGUGAGUUAAGAUAACUAUAAGGUGGGGUAAAUGCCACAUUUGGUCACUCAGAUUACUAAAUUCUGUCAUGUUUAGUCACUAGAAAAUUUUAAUAUCAAUUUUUGUCACUCGAAUUACUGAAACAAGUCACAUUUAGUCUCUCUCUUGUUAGUUUCAGUCCAACUUCAUUAAUGAAGUUGGAUGGAAACUAAUGAGAGAGUGACUAAAUGUGACCUGUUUCAGUAAUUCAAGUUACUAAAUGUGACACGUUUCAGUAAUUCGAGUGACCGGAGUUGGACGAAGUCUAACGGGAGAGUGACUAAAUGUGACCUGUUUCA